AUGGGUCAGCAUGGAUCAGUACGGAUCACCCUGGGUCAAACUGACACCACCUUGGGUCAGGCUGGCGUCACUACGGAUCAGGCUGGUCUAGUGGUUGUGCAACUUCGCCUCCGCACAACCCGAGCUCGCCGAUUACGACUUCCGCCGUCUACUCGUCGCUGGCCCAAGGCCUGCCAGGUUCGAGUCGUAACAGCUAUUGGAUACUGUCUAUCAUGGACUGAGUCUGAUAUUGAAUGGAGUGAUGAAGAUGGUGAAAGCUUCUCGGAACACAUACCUUCCAACAGUGAUCGCAAGCUACCUUCCGAGGACGAUUGCAAGCUCACCAAGCCAAAUCUCGAAAGCCAUCCAAUUCCCCGUACUGCCAGAGUACGUCCUGUGGGAGUUCAGCUCGCUUUGGGUGCAAAUUCAGAGCGGGCUGUUCAGACGGAUGGAAACCGAGCAAGGCUUGAAGGGUGGAAACAGAUAGAAAUUCCAGAGGGGAUUCUGCCGGCUUCCAAGGGAAACUCAGGACCGGCUACUGAAGAGUAUCAGACUGGAAGGGGAGACCAAGAACCUAAGUCCCAUGAAGGAGAGACGGUCAACUCUGGAAAGAAACGUAGGAAAGGGAAGCGAAGGGGGAAGGAGUCAAAGAAGAAACAUCAAAAUAAGCAGAAACGCAGACAGGCUAAAGCGGGACACCUCGUCCAAAUCUAUGCUGUUACUCCAACAAAGAUUCAAACCCAUGGGAUAUGA